AUUACCAUAGGUACAAAUAUUAAGAAACGAUUAAAGAGUAAAGUUGGGAAUUCCGUGGACGUAUAUCAUAUAUGAAGAAAGUGUACGCCUCUGGCUACGCAAAACCCGAGGCAACAGCCAACUCAAAGCCAGAGGUUGGCUGUAUGCAUGCUGUAUUUAUAUCUCGAACGAGUUGAAUUCAAGAACUGCAGAACUGAAUUUAUAUUUGUUUAUCCUAUAAACGGCUGUAUCGAAACUAUAAUUUAGUUGAUUGUGCCAAAAAUGGUUUCUAAUAACUUCAAUGUCCAAGAGGAAAAGACAUGGCCGCAAGUUCUGGCAAUUGUAACAUCAUGCUUUUUGGGAAUCCCGUUCGGUAUGCUCUUCUCCUGGAGUUCUCCUUUCAUCGUGAAAAUCACCGAAGAUAAAGUAAACUACAACAUAACAGAAAACGAAGCAUCCGUAUUCACCACCAUACCACCCAUCAUGAUGAUUCUUCUGUGUCCAGUUUUUUCCAAGUUAUGCGAUAUCAUCGGGAGAAAACGAACUCUCAUGUUGAUAGCUGUUCCUCAAAUCAUAGCCUGGUUACUGACUAUCGUCUCCAACAAUGUGUGGGUUCUGUAUUUAUCCAGAUUUUUCUCUGGAAUCGGCGAUGGGGGGAUCAUGGCGUCCCUUCCAAUGUACGUGGGAGAAGUAGCCAUUCCUAAGAUCCGGGGAGCCUGGGGGAAUAUAAUGAACGUAUUUAUUUACCUAGGAGUGUUUCUGAUCAACGUAAUUGGUUCUUACUGUGAUGUGAAACAGACUGCUUACAUUUGCAUAUCUCUACCGAUUCUUUAUCUUGCAAUUAUGAGCUUUAUGCCAGAAUCGCCCUAUUAUUAUAUAAAGAAAGGCGAUCCCGCGAAAGCGAAAGAAUCUUUGAGAUGGCUGAGAGGUAAAACAGACGUCGACCAAAUCUAUGAAAAGCUUAAAAUUGACAUUGAAAAACAGAUGUUGGAAACAGGCACUUGGAAAGAUCUUGUAUCUAUAAGAAGCAAUCGUAAAGCCCUACUGGCAGGCAUAUUCCUCAGAGUGUCUCAACAACUAGGAGGUGCAGCAGCGUUCAGUGUGUACACCAAAUUCAUUUUCAAAAAAUCAGGAUCGGAUAUAUCUCCCGCGGUAGCAAGCAUGAUUUAUACGGGUUUGUGUUUCGGAUUACUCUUCGUAUCAGGAUUUGUUAUAGAGAGAUUCGGGCGGAAGAAGUCUUAUAUGGGCGCUUUGACGACUUGUGGCAUUGUUCUGCUGUCACAAGCGAUAUAUCUAUUCAUAGAUCAACAAGUUCCCAGCAUUGAUCUCUCAUCGAUAAAAUGGUUCCCGGUGGUCGGAAUGAUUCUUUACGUCAUCUUCUGCUCCUUUGGGAUAUUCAACAUACCCACCUUGAUGUCUGGGGAACUCUUCUCAACUUCCAUCAAAGCGAAGGGCUUGAGUGUAUUGACUAUUACAUUUGGAGUGAUGAUUUUUGUGGCCAACAACAUAUUCUAUUUGCUCAAUACUUCGAUUGGGCUAUACUGCCCUUUCCUAUUUUUUGGGGUCUGCAAUAUUAUUUCUACCUCCUUAUCCAUUUAUAUUAUCCCAGAAACUAAAGGAAAAACUUUGGAAGAGAUUCAGGAAGAUUUGAAGUCUGAAAAGGUACCCAAAAAAGUUAAAAGUCAAAGUCCAGUAUGAUUUCUAAAAUAUGAUAUGGAAAUAGGAAAGGAUUCUAGGACAAAUAUACUGUGCCGAGAAAAGAUCUUUAGAGUGAUCGACCCAAGUAUGAGAGAAUUGCACCUAUGAUAUUACCUGCUGAUAACUGAAGCUGUAAAUUUAUUUUCAAGAUAUACGAUUUUUUUCAUUGGCAGUGAUUUAUUAUUUUGCAUCAUUUUCGACUGAUAACUUCAAGAAUAAAUUGUCAAGUAAAUACUAGUCAAAUAUAUCUGUGAAUUGCA